AUGCUGCUAGAUUCGAAUGGUGCCAACAUUGCUCAGAUAGCGCUACAUUCCAGAUCCCUUUCAAAAGAAGCCAAUGGAAGUCUGGUUUGUGCAGGAUAUAUUCAAGAGGCCAAUCUCAAACUGGUGAAGUAUGGAGGAGUUUUCUGGAGUAACUUGCUUGGAUCUCCCACCAUCGUUGCAACAACAGUAAAGUCGGCCAAGUUCUUCCUCAGCUGCACUGACUGUGGCCCCUCGGGUCUGUUUGCCCGAUUGCUUGGGCCGGAAACUAUAAACGAGGUCAUCGGGAGUCAGCAUGCGCUCUACCGGAGAAUCAUUCUGGGGAUGAUGGUUCCAGAGACACUCAAGUGCCACGUCCAAAUGAUUGAUAUCUUGGCUCAGGAGACUCUCGAGUCGUGGGGGUCGAAAAAGAUGUUUAGCUACUGCACGGUGAUUGGAUUAGUGUGCCAGAAACUCCUGCCCUCCACUCCAGAGAUGAUCGAUCUCAUGCGAGACAUCCUAAUGAUAGAGAAUGGGGCCAGGGCAAGGCUCCACAGAUUCUUGGAUGGGCUCAUCAACAAGAGAAGGGCCGAACUAGCUGCCAACAGUGAAACGCACAAAGAUGCACUGGACGAGUUUAUUACGCAUAAAGAUGACAAGGCUGGAUUCCUCUCGAAUCAACAAGUGGAAGACAAUCUUGUGACACUGCUGUUCGGAGGCCACCACACCACAGCCCUUGCUCUCGUGUGGCUGAUGAAACACUUGAAUGAGAACCCACAGGCUUUCAAGGAAGUGGAGGCUACACCUUGCCCAAAGAUUGGAUGA